AUGAUUCAAACUUAAUAGUCUGAAGAAGAGACUUUUAUUUAGAUCACUAAAAAUAUAAGUUAAGUGAAUAUUGAUAAUGAAGGGACAUUUAAAUAUAUACUUAUUUUAUUGGAAGGAAACAACAAUAAAGAAUUUUAUUUUGUUAGAGGUCUCAAAUAAUAUGAAUAUCAUGCAUAAAACUUUGAACACUUUUGUAAUGAAGCUAAAAAUAACUUAAAAUGGUCAGAAUUUAAAUUUGAUUUAGAAAAAGGAACAAUCAAAGCUGAAUUAAAUGGACAUAAGUUCAAAUUUAUGUGUGUUGGAGGAGGCAGACUUAAACAUUCAAAUAUUUAAUAAAGUUUAGAAAUCUAUGGAUAUUCUUAAUCAUAUGGAUAAUGUGAUCAUAAAAUAUCUUUAAAUAUAAUAAGAACAGUCUAUCCAUAUUUAGAUAAAAAUGUAAUCACUAGAAACGAUGGUUAUUGA